CUCAAAUUCUUCACUACGGAGUGUGGUUGGGCACGCGCACGCAGGCAGGGGGAACUUGCUGGACGUCCAGUUGGCAAACUGACGAAGUUGUCUUCGGAAACUUGAAGGCUCAAAACAAAACUACUAUGACUUCGACGAACAUGUUUCAGGGGUUGGAUUCGGCCUCAAAACCAAGCUCAAGAGUGUUGCAGCCUCCUGGGGGUGGCUCCAGUAACGUGUUUGGUGGCUAUGAAGAUGAUUCUGCAGCAAUGAGAAGACCCAAUAAGAUGGCCUCUAAAGUUUUCGCUGCACCAGAAGAGCCCCAGAGUGUACCGAAACGCUCCAAUCCUCCAGGUGGGAAGAGUAGUGGAAUAUUUGGUGAACCUGAAGCUCCAGCUCAACCACGGAGACCUGUGCCCCCAGGAGGACCAACCAGUAACAUAUUUGGGGCUGCAGAAAGUGCGUCUGUCCAAAGCCCAAGCCGAAGCCACCCAAAUAAGCCAAAGGACAAUCUGAGUGUGGGACCUGAGCCUGAAUCACCAGCACCUGAACCCAAAGUCAGCCUGCCUGAGGUCAAGGAAGAACCUGCCCCUCCAGCUCCUGCACCAGCCAAGGAGGAGCCUGCUCCUGUGUCAGCCCCUCCAGCCCCUGCAGCCCCUGCAGCACCUGCAGCACCUGAGCCCACCUCCACCUCGACUCCUGACGAUGCUUUGCUGAAGAACCAUGAGCCUCGCCUUGGACCCAAGCCUCGCUCUCACAACAGGGUCCUCAACCCCCCUGGAGGAAAGUCUAGUGUGGUAUUCUACUGAUCAGCUGAGCACACUCCCAGUUUGUGUCCAUACACUCCUUGUCUGCUCUUCUGUUAGUCUUCUCUCAUUCCUACUCCCCUCUCCUGAUGGUUAUGCCACCUGUACGUCUGAACACAGACCAGAAUUUUUUUUGUUGUUGACACCAGAUUCCUGGUCUUGAUAUUUUGUCCUCAGCUUCUUGCACUUUCAGCUCUGUGUCUGAAUCUCAGCUCCUUAUCAUUAUGUUCUUCUUCACCGAAACUUGCAAUCAUGCAAUCACCAAUAAGGCAAUCAACCGACUAGCUAUUACCCAAUCACUUUAACUGUAACACUGUUCAAUCUCUGUUUUGCGGUUACUUUUUCCACUGUUGGUGUUUUUAAACGUGUAAAUGUAGGUUGGUUGAAGGCACAAUUUUCUGAUUGUGAAAACAUUUUUGCAUCUCAAGAAUGGUUUAUAAGAUGGAACAUGCACAACUUUUAGCUUUGAACAGACCUAAAUUGUCUUGAUUUGGUGUAGCUAAAAUCUAUGCAUUAAAAAAUCAAUGCAGACGUGCAGAAAUUUCAGGUUGCUUAUUUUUAAGCCUUAAUGUGUAGGUGUUCAGUCAGGAGGGAUGAAUAGAUCUCACGAUGUAAAAUGUUUCAGGGAGUUCCACUAGUACUACCUUUUUUUUGUGCUGCCAGAUCCUUCUUGGACAACUUUUGUAAAAAUAUCAAAUAUUGCGUCAAUGCAUAAUCAGAAGCCUUAUUUCCGCUUAGCAUUUUUCAUCUUUCUCGCCUUCUCUUUAAUUAUUCCCAAAGCAGUAUGUGGAGAACGUUAGUGAUCUGCUGUCGGAGCGCAACCUCUGAUAAUGAACAGAUGCCAAAAAUUGACUAGAACUAAAACAAAGAUGCGUGCUGUGGUUUACUCCCAAAACUUUCUGCUUCCUUAAAGAAAUUCCAUUUUGAUUUUGUGCGAAUGUAUUGUGCAGGUACUUUUCUGCUUUGUCCUCAUUGCUUGCUUGCUUUAUCCGAGAACAUGCCUUUUUCUUUUGCUUGGGGUAGGCCUCUGUUUAUGUUUUAAAUUAAAACGGCUGAAGACAAGUGAACUCUGGACAAGCAUGUGGCCUAUCUGAGUCCAGGUGGGCUCAUCGAUAAUCACCUUUUCACCCACGUCAUGACGCACAUUCGUGGUAUUCUGGCGCCGGCCUGUCCCCUCUGUGUUGAUGUGCCUGGCAGGCAAUGAGCGCAGCAGAAGGAAGAAAUCCUGUGUAUUGCAAUAAAACUGUUGUUUUGCA